AUGAUGAAGCCAGCAGAAGAAAUAGAACGAAGAUUCAAUGCAAUUGAAGACGCAUACUUACAGAUUAGCAAGCUGCAGGAGGCAAUUCCUGCAUACCUAAACGAAGAAUCUGACGUGAUUGUUCCAGAUCCACAGGAGCUGAACAUUUCACACCCGCCCUCAGCGAAGGAAAGAGGCUGCAUGCACAGUCUCUUUGCGAAGAAAAAAGUAAAGGAUGCAAAAGUGGAAAAACCCAGGGAGGAACCCGAGGAGCCUGAGGACUGGGACACAAAGGAGGAAGUGGCUGGCCGGUUUGACGAACAAGGAAACUUUAUUGUAGAGGAGGCACCGGCAGCAGAUGAGCCUGCAGCAGCCGAUGAGUGGAUUACCGUUGAGCAGAAGACAAAGAAGAAGAAGCAGAAAGAAAAGGAGGAACAGGUGACCUACACCGCAGUGCACCAGCAAGAGCAGUUCAAAGAACAAAAGCCUAUUAAAAAGACAGUGUGUAAGGAAGAAGUUGACUCUGAUAGCGAUGGGUUUACAGUAGUGCAUGAUAAGAAGGGAAAGAAAAACAAAAAGCCAUUAAAAUAA